AAGAAGAAGAAGAAGCUGAUCGAACGAUCUGUUAUGGGAGACGUUUCUCCGGAGAGAAAAUCGGGGUGUGGGAUAUUAAGCGCAGUUUUCGGAGGCAGAAGUAUAUGGCCAAGAAGAUUACACUCUUCUUCUUCUCUUCCAACACCCAACCCUAAAAACAAAACCCACAACGAAAACAACGAAUUCACAAACCUCGAUAACGACCCAAAACAUGCCGACAGAAUCAUUUCUCGACCCGGCCAAAACUACUCCAAAUCGCCGCCCGUCUACCACCACCACCAACAACAACAACAGCAACAACAACAUCAAACCCCGAUAAAUGCGCGGGCUAAAAAAGAAACGGGCCCGGGGAAUAUUCCUGGCCCGGCCCGGAAUAUUCCUCGGGCCGGGCUCGGAAUCUCUGGCGAGCUCGAGACCAUGAUCGCAGAUCACCAGAAGUCGAAUGGCGCGGGCUCGUUGGUGAGGGCUUCCUCGAGCAAUGUGAUGUUGUUCGGCGAUUUAGGGAACUUGAGGCAGGGUAAUAUUAAUAAUAAUAAUAACGAAAACGAGAAUAUUAAUUAUUAUCCGACGGGGAAUAAUAAUAAUAAUAAUAAUAAUAAUAAUAAUAAUAUUAAUAAUGUGACGGCGAAGCGGGAGGAAAAAAAUGGAGUGGGGCCCGAAAAGCCCGUUUCUCUAUGCCGGGCUGUAUCGACUAGAAUGGACCCCGAGCAGCUGAAGAUUUUGGGGAACGAGGACUACAAGAACGGUAGAUUUGCGGAAGCAUUGGCUUUGUACGAUGCGGCGAUUUCAAUAGACCCGAACAAGGCGUCGUACCGGAGCAACAAAAGCGCGGCACUGACGGCGCUUGGCCAGCUUCUAGAAGCGGCGUUCGAGUGCCGAGAAGCGAUCCGGAUCGACCCGUUUUACCAACGGGCUCAUAAUAGAUUGGCAACUCUUUAUGUAAGAUUAGGAGAACCCGAAAAAGCCGUAUAUCAUUUCAAACAGGCCGGAGUCGAAGCUGAUCCAGAUGCUAUAAACAAGGCUAAAAAAGUCCAAUUCCAUUUAAAUAAAUGCACAGAUGCAAAGAGACAACAAGAUUUGAACACAUUGGUUAAGGAAUCAGGGCUAUCCAUAUCAGCUGGUGCUGAUUCUGCACCAUUGAUCUUUGCUUUGAAAGCUGAGGCCUUAUUGAAGCUCGAUCGGCACCAAGAAGCGAUUCAAACCAUAGCAAACGGCCCGAAUUUCGACCUCGACGAAUGCACGAAAUUCUUCGGUCCCAUCGGAAGUGCAACCCUAAUACUCGUUAGAGCUCAAAUCGACAUGGCUAACGGGAGGUUCGAUGAUGCUGUGGCGGCAGCUCAACGUGCAUCUAGGCUCGAUUCCAACAACAAAGAAGCUAAUACGGUUUUAAGGAAAACGAGGGCUGUUGCUACAUCGAGAUCAAAAGGCAACGAUCUUUUUAAGGCGGCAAGAUAUUCCGACGCGUGCGUUGCUUACGGAGAAGGGCUCAAUCACGAUCCGUAUAAUGCGAUUUUGUUGUGCAAUAGGGCUGCUUGCAUGUCGAAACUUAACGAAUACGAGAAAGCAAUAGUGGAUUGCAAUGCUGCACUUAAUGUCCGUCCUGCUUAUAGUAAAGCCCGGUUAAGACGAGCCGAUUGUUAUUCUAAGAUGGGAAACUGGGGAGCAUGUUUACAAGAUUGUGAAGUGUUGCUACGAGAAAAUCCGGAAGACGAAGAGGCGGCGAAGAUUUCGGACGAGGCAAAAACAAAAUUACAACAACGCCGAUGA